GAUUAGCAGAUUUACAGACGAGUGCGAGGCAUUGACAGCUACCUUCCAAAUCCAGCGGGGCUAUCCGGCUAAGGCAUAAGGCCUGAGGAUCAACAGAAAACCUUGCAGGAAGUCACCCAUUUAUCCUCGUCCAGCUACAGCAGUCCAGCUUGUCACAAGGCAGAUACUCCGGCCCGGUUGCGACCUGCCACGCACAAUCAAAUGCAGAUCCGAUACCAGAUAACGUGCCAGCGUGCCUAACAGACUGUAGCCGAGAUAUCGAUUAAGCCGUAACCCGCAUGGAACCACCACAUCCACGAGGUUGCUCGGGUUCUAGCAGAUAUGAAAUAAAGAUAGGCUAUAGAAUUAACGCGCAUCUCUGCGUUCCUUCUGACCUUCCAGCAUGGCAGCUUCAGCAGGCGGCUUCGAUGAAGAGAACCAAUUCGUGCAGAGAAAGACGUCCGUCUCCACCACCUCUGAUGAAAAAAAGGCAACUGCAUCCAAUACUGUAGACACUGAAGGUGGUCUGGUGGACGCCGACAAGGAAGGGAUCCAAGCGAAGACGUCGUUCGACAAGAAGUUACGUGUUAUCGUCUUGAUUGGCCUCGCUGCACUCAUCCUCGGGUGGUGGAUAUCUUCCACCAUCUUGAAAGCGACACGCGGACGAUGGCUCGUGCAGACAAUUUUCGCGUGGUUUUUCUUAAUCACUAUCGCGUUCCGCUUCAUACCCAAUUCGGUGGUGACGGAGCCUGUCGCUGCUGUAUGGAUACCAUACAUUCAGGAGCCUUGGUACAGACUUCCCCGGAAAGUGAGAUUGACAACUGGAUGGCUCUGCCUUCUUGGCAUCGUGUUUGGGUCUGCUUUCGGAUUCCCACUCACUGGCAAUACCGAUUAUGGACAUCGAGCAAUCUCAGUACUUGGGUUGUUUGUUUUCCAGUGUGGUUUCUACUUGAGUUCCACGAACAGAUCGGCCAUUUGCUGGCCCACUGUGAUAGUUGGACUGAUCCUCCAACAGGCUAUCGCUCUUUUUGUCCUCAAGUCUGGCGCUGGGUUUUCCCUCUUCAAGUACAUUGCCGAUCUCGCAAAUGAUUUCUUGUCGGAAUCCCUUGUCGGAGCUCAGUUCUUCUUCGAUGCAGAAACUAUUGCGAAGAAAUGGUUCUUCAUAAACACGCUCUCCGCGGUUAUCUUCUUCAUUGCCACGAUUCAAAUGCUGUACUAUCUUGGGGUCAUGCAAUGGAUCGUCAAAGGAUUUGCAUGGUUCUUCUUUAAGCUCAUGAACGUGUCCGGCGCUGAGGCGGUCGUCGCGGCUGCUUCUCCUUGGGUUGGACAAGGAGAGUCUGCGUGUUUGGUCAAGCCUUACGUUGAUAUCAUGACCCCAUCGGAACUUCAUCUUGUCAUGACCUCUGGUUUCUCCACUAUCUCCGGAGCCGUUUUAACCGCAUACAUUGCACUAGGAGUUCCGCCGCAGAAUCUCAUCACCUCAUCCGUCAUGAGCAUACCUGCUUCUAUUUCCAUCAGCAAGCUACGGAUCCCUGAAGUUGAGGAACCCGUCACUCGUGGUCGCAUAGUCGUGGACCGCGGGGAUGCGGAUAAGAACCGACCAGUCAACGCUCUUCACGCAUUCUCUUUGGGAGGUCUGUUUGGCCUGAAUGUCGCGGGACAAAUUCUCACUAAUGUGUUGACGAUCUUGUCACUCGUCGCCACCAUCAAUGCCGUCUUGACAUGGGUCGGUCGUGGAUUCGGCAUCCACCAACUUACUCUACAGCUAGUUUUGGGAUACAUCGGGUAUCCUAUCGCCUUCUUUUUGGGUGUCCCCAGCGCUGAGAUCCUCCGAGUCUCACAGCUGUUGGCAACGAAGCUAAUUGAAAACGAAUUUGUUGCGUACUUAGAACUAUCAAGCAUCCAAACAAGUUCAAACCCCUUGUCGCAACGUGCCUUUACGAUUGCAUCGUAUUCUCUUUGUGGAUUUGCAAAUCUCGGAUCGCUAGGUGUGCAGAUUGGUGUGCUCAGCGCCUUGGCACCAUCGCGGGGCAAAACCAUUGCGAAAAUUGCGAUGUCCGCUAUGAUUUGUGGAUUUAUUUCAACCCUCCAAACGGCUGGUAUCGCUGGCAUGCUCAUAUAGCAUGCACAGUAUCUUGGAAGAAUGGUUGAGCUGUGGCGUUAUACAUAGUUUUCGUAAUAUACCUGAGCCUUCACAAGGGUAAGAUCGGUAGAACCAGCAUUGUGAUGAUACCCAGCUUGCCAGCUCAAUUAACCAGUCUUCGAUCUUAAACUUCGGAUCCUUACGC